AUGGAGCAAAUGCCGAAAUAUGCUAAAUUCUUAAAAGAGGUGUUAUCAAAUAAGAGGAAAUUGAUGGACAAUGAGAAGGUGAUGCUCACUGAAGAGUGCAACGCCAUUCUUCAAAGGAAGCUUCCUCUUAAGUUAAAAGAUCCAGGGAGUUUCACUAUACCUUGCACUAUUGGUGAUUUUGAUUUUGAUAAAGUUUUAUGUAAUCUUGGUGCAAGUGUUAAUUUGAUGCCUCUUUUUAUUUUCAAGAAACUUGAACUAGGGGAAGUGAAGCCUACUACGGUAUGUUUGCAGCUUGCAGAUAGAUCUAUCAAACAUCUAAAAGGCAUUAUUGAGGAUGUUUUGGUAAAAGUGGAUAAGUUUAUAUUUCAGGCUGAUUUUAUUGUAUUAGAUAUGGAAGAAGACCGGGAUGUUCCACUUAUAUUAAGAAUACCUUUUCUUGCUAUAGGUAGAACUCUUAUAGAUGUUCAUCAAGAUUACAUUUCCAAAUGGGUUGAAGCUGAGGCACUGCAGACCAAUGAUGCUAGAGUGGUGGUUAAAUUUCUUAAGAAGAACAUUUUUGCAAGAUUUGGUACACCAAGAGCUAUCAUAAGUGAUGGAGUAUCUCAUUUUUGUAAAAGUCAAUUUGAGUCACUAUUGGGUAAAUAUGGAGUAACACAUCAUAUAGCUACUCCUUAUCAUCCGCAAAUAAGUGGUCAAGUUGAGGUAUCUAAUCAUGAGCUUAAGCAAAUUCUGGAGAAAACAGUUAAUUCUUCUAGGAGGGAUUGGGAGAAGAGAUUGUUACAAUUAAAUGAGAUGGAAGAGUUCGGUAAUAAUGCUUAUGAGAAUGCUAAGAUUUAUAAGGAUAAGGCAAAAAGAUGGCAUGAUAAGCAUAUUCAGAAGCGCGAUUUUGAAGUUGGUCAACAAGUUCUUUUCAACUCACGUCUCAAGCUUUUUCCGGGUAAAUUAAGAUUGCGAAGGUCCAGUCCAUUCAUAGUUAACAAGGUUUUACCAUCAAGAGCAAUAGAAGUUCAUCAUCCAUCAAAGAGAACUUUUACAGUGAACGGGCAAUGA